GAACAAGUCGUUACUCCAUCAUUAAUUUUCAAUUAUCUUAAUUAAACUGUAUUUAGGCAUUGUCAAGGCAAUUAUAAACGUUUAAUCAUGAAAAAGGAAAGUAAGUUAUUCAAGGGUGAUGAAGGAAGUAAGGAACAAGAUCGAGGUAGUGAAAAAACGGAAGUUGAUGUUAAACGCAAAAUAGUUGAUGAGAAAAAACCAAAGAUCCAGAAUCAAAUGGAAAUAAUGAGACGUUCCUUAAUCAUGAACAGCACUAUUGAUGUCGUUUUUAACGACUUGAAGCAGAAUCUGAAGAAUGAGUCGAAAAGUUCGCCUUUAAUUGAGCUUGCUGAGCAAAUAACUAAGGAAUCGUCUGGAACCGCGCUUCGUGAAAAGCAGGAAAAGUUUGAAUGUGCCAUUGGAAAUAACUUUCGGACAGCAUUAACUGUUAAUGACGAAACUGAGAAGAACAAUCUGAUCUUUCUCCAUAAAAAAGUUGAGGAAGAAGAAAACGCUUUAAAAGAGUUCCUAAAAUUAAAUUAGGCAUCAAGUCAUUACAUAAAUCUAGUCAUUUCAUGCAUUUCAAGUAG